AUGGGAGGACAAGCGGGGACGUCUCCUUGCCAGCUUCUAACGCAGGUGUGCCUUUCCCUUGCAGCCCACACGCUGAUCUGUUUUUCGUGCUCGGAUGCAUCCUCGAACUGGGCCUGUCUGAAGCCUGUCAAGUGUGGGGAGAAUGAAAACCACUGUGUGACAACGUAUGUCGGAGUGGGAAUCGGCAGCAAGUCUGGGCAGUCCAUCUCCAAAGGAUGCUCGCCAAUUUGUCCCAGUGCCGGGAUUAACCUCGGCAUAGCGGCUGCCUCCGUUUACUGCUGCGACUCCUUCCUGUGCAACAUCAGUGGUUCCAGCAACGUGAAAGCCAGCUACGCGGUCCUGGCCUUGGGGAUCCUGGUCAGCUUCGUCUACGUCCUCAGGGCUCGAGAGUGAUGGGGCUGGGCAAGGAAGACCCAGCGCCCUGGGGACGUUGCAGACUCCCCCGGCGCGGCGUCAGAAGCCCGCCUGUGAAGCUGCGCUGCGACUGUCAGCGGUGCCCCGUCUUCCAAGUGCCAUCUCAGAUCUUGUUAGCCAAUAUCUUCUCUGUUGCUGUCCACAAGGAGACCCUGUACUUCUCAGCAGGCCUCAAAGAUGAUCGUUUCCCAGACUUUAUGCUCUUUCGGCAUCAGAGACCUGGGAGGUUGGGCUGAACAGUUCUCCUCCUUCUGUGGACAUACCCCACUGCAGUCUUACACCUCCUGGCAAAGCUGGAUUGUUUUGGAAGGGUUUCUGCUUUUAUACCUGUACCCCUGAUUUCUAAGAUUGAUUAAAACAAGGUUGGGACUCACCAAGAAACAAUUAUCCACAAGCAUCACUAAACAAAGUAUUUAGACGUUCCUGCCUCUCGCCUCUGCAGAGGUUUCUGGCGCUGGCGUGCCCCAGCACGAGGGUGGCCCAGGCACUGGGAAUGCAUCCCAGUGUCUCCAAAGGGAGACACGUUCCUGGCCCCUGCAGCUGGAGUCUCUUUUUAUAAAUCAUGUCAUUUCUUCCAAUCCUGGGCUGACUUUUCCGGAAAACGAAUGAAGUGUACCUUGUCCCUCUGAGCUCUGUAAGUGCCAGACCUGAAUAAACAUACUCCUGUUGUUACCUGA